GUUUAUACGACGGCGGGACUGGCUUGAGGGAAUAUGACUGCUGGAAUUCCGUGGGAAGAUUAUGGGACUAGGUUGCAAGGCAGAGGGGCAGGGCCUUGGCCAGAAAAAACAUACCGUAAUCUUAUAACAAAGCUAAAUGCACAAAUCGUGCGAUGGUUACUUCCCGCUAUCCGGCUCCGCUUCACAAGUGCGCCAGCAACUGCUGCGUCACCCCUCGGGCAGUCCCAAGUUCCCCCGAACGCGCGACAAAUCCUCGUUUCAACUUAAUUGUUCUUCAAUAAAGAUUAAGCGCCGCUUACUUUCAAUUCGCACGACGAUCAGUUUCCAACGUUGCGACGACGAGCGGGUACGAAUUGAUGGGUCGCUCGAGGCUUCACAUCAAGAUCCCACGCAGCUAUAUAAUGAAACAACAACCUCUUCUGUCACUAUUCCUGCCAUCAAUAUGGCAACCUUGCGGUGUCUGUGGAGCCCACCGCAACGGGCCGCAACAGUCUUCGGACACCGACAGCAGCCUUGUCACGCUAUCCGGCUGCAGCGCCCGGUCCGGCUCGCACUUGAGGUUACACCUCAGGCUAGCAAGGCUGGUGCUGGGGGGUCCGGCUCCAACUUGAGGCGAACACCUCCUCCCAAGAGUAAAAUUCCCUCCAAGAAUGCUGCCUCGCCACCUGAGGCGCUGCAGCCCGGCGCCGACGCUCAGGAGAAAACUCGGCCGAUGUGCGGGUAUGACAUUCCUGGUACAUUUGUAGGCGACCUGGACCAGCUGGCCAGGUUAGAGCAGCGCGACAUUGUGGCCCAACUCCCAACCUGGGUUGCAAACCAGGUGCUGGCACUGCGCAGCGGUAACGCCGCUGGCGUUGACCCGACUCUUGCCGACGCGCUGGUCCAGCAAACCAAGAGGCAGUCUGACCAAGGUCGCAAGAACGGCGGUACUGGCAACAUCCGGCUGCCUCUUGAAACCACCGAGCAGCCGACUCCAGACGGCGCUCAACCGGCUGAUGGUCUCCCCUCUCUCAACACUGCACGUAUGGCAUCCUCCGAGCCCCCUAACCCCAGCUCGAGCAGCAGCGCCACUGUCGCGGCCCCUCCGUCCGGCCCCUCCCCCAGCAACAGCCCUGCCAGCCCUGCGGUCGCACCUCCACCCGCUGCUCAGCACCCUCCAAGCGAUGGCUCUUCGCCCGCUGGUGUCACCACCUCAAGCAGCUCGGGUGCCGUCUCCCAGCCGGGUAUCGCUGGUGCUGGCAGCGGCCUUGAGGCCGCAGCCUACCCCACCCACAGCACCAGACUUCACAGCGCUCCUGCUCCGGGCCUUACCAACGCGACGGUUGGGACCAGUCCUGCGGCCCCUGCUGUCAGCCCGCCCAGCUGCGCCAUCACCAGCGCCGCUGCUGCGCCCUGCCCGGGCACGAGCCCUUCCAGCGGUUUUACGGCCCCGGUGUACGACCCAUUCAGCGGCAUCCCUGCCAACAGCGGUAUGGCCCCGCCGUACAACGCGUACGGUGCCGGCCCUCCCAGCAGCAGCGCCACGGCCCCACCGUACUUCCCGUACAGUAACAUCCCUACCGGCUACCCUCCGCCCCCGCCGUACUUCCCGUACAGUGGCAUCCCUACCGGAUACCCUCCGGCCCCGCCGUACUUCCCGUACAGUAGCAUCCCUACCGGCUACCCUCCAGCCCCAAUGUGCAACACGUACAGCUACGGCCCUGCCAACGCCGCUGCUGCUUUUCAGCAGAGCCCAUGUGGCCCCGCCAGCAGCAGCAGCAGCAGCAACGCCGCAGCCCCAUACUUCGCGGCGCCCUCUCCCAACAGCAGUGGCGGUGUUAGCAGCAGCAGUGGCUCCGGCACUGCAUCGGCUUCAGAUAUCCAGUUGGAAGAUCCAGCGAAGCCCACGGAAGCACAGCUGAGGUCGUUGGAGUGGUUCGGCGUUCGGGGGAGCUCCAUUCCAACCAGCCGCAACGCAGCAGACGUCAUUAUCGGCGAGAGGAAGAAAGCCGUCAUUGAG